CUGCGCGCUGCGCUGGCCCCUGGGCACGGGAGCCGCCCCCGGCCCCCCCGCGCUCUGCCCGCCGCGGGGCGCGCGCCCUCUAUAUAGCGCACCCCUGCCCGGCCCGCGCCAGGCUGCCAGCCACGGAGUGGGCGCCGCACCGCGUGCAGAGCCCCGCAACCAGACGCCCGCCGCUGCCAGCGCCGCCCCGACGGCCUCCCCGCGACGCUGCCGCUGCCACCGGGCCCCCAAGGCCACCAUGAAGAAGGAGGUGUGCUCAGUUGCCUUCUUCAAGGCUGUGUUCGCAGAGUUCCUGGCCACCCUCAUCUUCGUCUUCUUUGGCCUGGGCUCGGCACUCAAGUGGCCCUCGGCGCUGCCCUCGAUUCUGCAGAUCUCCAUCGCCUUUGGCCUGGCCAUAGGUACCCUGGCUCAAGCUCUGGGACCUGUGAGCGGUGGCCACAUCAACCCGGCCAUUACUCUGGCCCUCUUAGUAGGCAACCAGAUCUCACUGCUCCGAGCUGUCUUCUACGUGGCAGCCCAGCUGGUGGGUGCCAUUGCUGGGGCAGGCCUCCUCUACUGGUUGGCGCCACUCAAUGCCCGGGGCAACCUGGCCGUCAAUGCGCUCAGCAACAGCACUACACCGGGUAAGGCCACCGUGGUGGAGCUGAUCUUGACCUUUCAGCUGGCCCUCUGCAUCUUCUCCUCCACUGACGCCCGCCGCACCAGCCCGGUGGGCUCCCCAGCUUUGUCCAUUGGGCUGUCCGUCACACUGGGCCAUCUUGUGGGGAUCUACUUCACCGGCUGUUCUAUGAACCCAGCCCGCUCUUUCGGCCCAGCCGUGGUCAUGGAUCGGUUCAGCCCCUCUCACUGGGUCUUCUGGGUCGGGCCCAUCGUGGGGGCCAUCCUGGCUGCCAUCCUCUACUUCUACCUGCUCUUCCCCUCCUCCCUGAGCCUCAGUGAUCGCGUGGCUGUCGUCAAAGGCACGUAUGAGCCGGAAGAGGACUGGGAAGAACAUCGAGAGGAACGGAAAAAGACCAUAGAGCUGACGGCGCACUGA